GAGACUCCUGUACGAGACUCUGAGGCCGGGGAGGGGCCGACGGCAUCACACGCAGCUCGUUGAGAAGAGAAGGGACGGUACAGUAUGGACACAUGAGAGUCUAUAAAAAUCUCCAGUAACACACAAAUAAGUUGCUAGAUUUGUCGCUAAGGGAGUCUGAAAAGUCGCUAAGUUGCCAACACUGUGCCUAAAGGAAGUGUCUGUAGUCUAAACGUGAGCUUAACGGAAGUGACGAUGAACUACGGAAGAACCCCAGAGGAUGAUCUUCAUCAGCCGCUUGACCAUCACUAUUAUUAUUUACAGAAAUAAAUCAUGUUGGCCAGUAACAGAAGGCAAAUACCCCCAAAAUUCACACGACCAAAAUAAAUUAGUUGAAACAUUCUUUUUUUUUCGUUUUUUAACGGAGCGCGGAUGGACGGAGUGUUUAACAUGAGACGAUUUUCCGUUAAAAAACUUUGUACUUUUUGUCUCUGCGCUUGUGCGUUUGCGUUUUUAGUCAUGACAUUUCAGGUUAUUGAGCUGUUGGGCCAGUUUGAGCAGACUGAACACAGACAGCAGCUUAAACGCUUCAAGGACAUUAAAGUGCAGGCGAACGAUCAUGUUUCGGAUGUCCAGUACCCUGUCAUAGUGUGGUGGUCUCCUCUGACUGGAGAACUAGGACGUCUCGGAGAGUGUGGUCAUAACAGAUGUUUCUUCACUGUUAACAAGUCUUAUUAUUCCCAUCCACAGACUAAAGCUUUUCUUUUUUAUGGCACUGAUUUCAGCAUUGAAAGUCUUCCUCUUCCGAGACACGAGCAGCAUCAGUGGGCACUAUUUCAUGAGGAGUCUCCUAAAAAUAACUACAAGCUUUUCCACAAGCAACUCAUUACCCUGUUCAACCACACAGCAACCUUCAGCCGCCGCUCUCAUCUGCCGCUCACCACACAGCACCUGGAGGACAUCAAUACCCUCACCGCACAAACACACCUGCUGCCUCUGUCCUACAAAAACCACUUGAGGCAAACUCUGGCGCCAGUUGUCUACGUCCAAUCUGACUGUGACCCACCAUCUGAUAGAGACACUUACAUCCGAGAGCUCAUGCAGCACAUUCAAGUGGACUCGUAUGGACAGUGUCUUCAUAAUAAAGACCUGCCGCCCCAUCUGAGAGACUCUACCGCCAUGGACAAUCAGGAUUUUUACAAGAUCCUCGCCCAGUACAAGUUCAUUCUGGCCUUUGAGAAUGCUGUCUGUGAUGAUUAUAUCACUGAGAAACUGUGGAGGCCUCUCAAACUAGGUGUUGUUCCUGUAUAUUAUGGAGCACCAAACAUACACAUGUGGUUGCCAGAUAACCAGAGUGCAAUUGUGGUCAAUCCCAACGAGUCGCCAAAGAAGCUCGCUCAGUAUUUAAAGAGGCUGGACAAGAACGAUUGGGAGUAUCUGAAAUAUCUGGAGUGGAAGCACAAGCGGGAAAUCACAAAUGUCAAUCUGGUGAAAGAGCUAAGGGAACGGCAGUGGGGUGUCCAGGACAUCACUCAAGAUAACUUCAUCGAUGUCUUUGAGUGCAUGGUGUGCAGCAGGGUCUGGGAGAACAUCCACAGGCAGAAAGAGAAGCUUCCACCUAAAGUCUGGCGAGCUGAAGAAAGCCACCUCACCUGCCCGUCUCCAAAGCUCUUUGACUUUGCCUUGAGCUCCAGCUCGUCUCUUCGGCAGAUGUGGAGAGCCAGUUAUGAGCAGUCAAAGAGAGAAGCUAGAGCCCUCGCACAGAUGCUUCACACAAACACAAACUUCACAAUCACACAGUUUUGGAGAGAAGUGUUUACUGACUGAGAGCACACCGAGAACUAGAUUAUAGUUAUGUCAAUUACAAAUCAGUGGCCUUUGUUUUAGGAGGACAAAGAAGGUCAAGCGAAUGUGUAAUUCAUAGGGCUAUUUUCAUGAUUUGUGGAAAGUUAUGUUAUACAUAACAUAAUCUUUAACAAACAUGAUCUUUAAAGUCUGGAUGAAAUCAAUUCUUUAAGUGAGCAAUUAAUCAGCGCAAGUUAAUCCAUUGAAAAAAAAUUGGUUCUGGUAAUCUUUAGUCAAAGUCUGACCAUUUGCUUCUGCUUUGCAGUGGUCAUUUUUCUCUGUUCACGACAGUUUGACGAUGGCAGCUACAAUAUUCAUAACCAUGCCCCUAUUACCAUAAGGCAGUGGUGUCAAACUCAGUUCCUAGAGGGCCGCAGCCCUGCAUAGUUUAGUUCCAACCCUGCUUCAAACACAGGUUUCAAACAAGCCUGAAGGACUCAGUUUGAUCAGUUGUGUUUAAGGGG